CUCCCAGUUCCCCGCGGCCCCGAGUGGCGGCGUCGCGCGGCCGGGCCUUAUAAAGAGCGCACGGCUAGGCGCGCCUUCCACUGUGCAGAAGGGCACUCGGCCGGCCGUGCCGUGCGCCUGCGCAGUGCGGGCCGCUCCCCGCCCCCCUGCCCCACCGCCCCCUUAGCCGGCCGGCCCGGCCCAGCCUCGGCUCCGCGUCCUCGCUCGGCUCUCAGCCGCCCCUUUGCCCUGCAGCAGCCAGCCCGGUGUCCAGCAGCAUGUUCAGCUGGGUCAGCAAGGAUGCCCGCCGCAAGAAGGAUCCGGAGCUCUUCCAGACGGUGUCCGAGGGGCUGCGGCAGCUGUACGCGCAGAAGCUGCUGCCCCUGGAGGAGCACUACCGCUUCCACGAGUUCCACUCUCCCGCGCUGGAGGACGCCGACUUCGACAACAAGCCCAUGGUGCUCCUCGUGGGCCAGUACAGCACGGGCAAGACCACCUUCAUCCGGCACCUGAUUGAGCAGGACUUCCCGGGGAUGCGCAUCGGGCCCGAGCCCACCACCGACUCUUUCAUCGCGGUCAUGCACGGCCCCACCGAGGGCGUGGUGCCGGGCAACGCGCUCGUCGUCGACCCGCGGCGGCCCUUCCGCAAGCUCAACGCCUUCGGCAACGCCUUCCUCAACAGGUUCAUGUGCGCCCAGCUGCCCAACCCGGUCCUGGACAGCAUAAGCAUCAUCGACACACCGGGGAUCCUGUCUGGAGAGAAGCAGCGCAUCAGCAGAGGGUAUGACUUCGCGGCCGUCCUCGAGUGGUUUGCCGAGCGGGUGGACCGAAUCAUCCUGCUCUUUGACGCCCACAAGCUGGACAUCUCUGAUGAGUUCUCGGAGGUCAUCAAGGCCCUCAAGAACCACGAGGACAAGAUCCGUGUGGUGCUGAACAAGGCCGACCAGAUUGAGACACAGCAGCUGAUGCGGGUCUACGGGGCCCUCAUGUGGUCCCUGGGGAAGAUCAUCAACACCCCUGAGGUGGUCCGGGUGUACAUCGGCUCCUUCUGGUCCCACCCGCUCCUCAUCCCCGACAACCGCAAGCUCUUCGAGGCCGAGGAGCAGGACCUCUUCAAAGACAUCCAGUCUCUGCCCCGAAACGCAGCCCUCAGGAAGCUCAACGACCUAAUCAAGAGGGCGCGGCUGGCCAAGGUCCACGCGUACAUCAUCAGCUCCCUCAAGAAGGAGAUGCCCAAUGUCUUCGGGAAGGAGAGCAAGAAGAAAGAGCUGGUGAACAACCUGGGCGAGAUCUACCAGAAGAUUGAGCGGGAGCAUCAGAUCUCCCCCGGUGACUUCCCCAACCUCCGCAAGAUGCAGGAGCUCCUGCAGACCCAGGACUUCAGCAAAUUCCAGGCCCUGAAGCCCAAGCUGCUGGACACAGUGGACGACAUGCUGGCCAACGACAUCGCCCGGCUAAUGGUGAUGGUGCGCCAGGAGGAGUCCCUGAUGCCCGCCCAGGUCGUGAAGGGCGGUGCCUUCGACGGCACCAUGAACGGGCCCUUUGGGCACGGCUAUGGUGAGGGGGCUGGUGAGGGCAUCGACGAUGUCGAGUGGGUGGUGGGCAAGGACAAGCCCACCUACGACGAGAUCUUCUACACGCUGUCACCUGUCAACGGCAAGAUCACGGGCGCCAACGCCAAGAAGGAGAUGGUAAAGUCCAAGCUCCCCAACACUGUGCUGGGGAAGAUCUGGAAGCUGGCCGACGUGGACCGGGACGGGCUGCUGGACGACGAGGAGUUCGCCCUGGCCAACCACCUCAUCAAAGUCAAGCUGGAGGGCCACGAGCUGCCCGCCGACCUGCCUCCACACCUGGUCCCGCCCUCCAAGCGGAGGCACGAGUGAGUGCCCCGCCGCCAGACUCCGGCACCCAGUGCCCAGCCAUGCGGAGACUUGGUGGGGAGGGGGGGGCCGCAGUUCCCAAGACCAUAAAGACUGAGUGCUGUUUUCUCAGCUUGCAAAGGAAAACCACCAUCUUUCUCUUAAGGCUGCUCCUGGAGAGGCAGGGGUGAUAUUCACAUGUGAAUGAUGGAAUUUUGUGCAUAAGAACUAUGGAUAUUUUUAAUAUAUAAUGUUAGAGGCA